UUUGCGGGGAUUGUUUUUCGCAUAUGAUAUACAAACUUUCCUUCAGUUAUAAUCAAAUGAUAAUACCACGGUAAUAUCAAUGUACAUUUAUGUAGUCUUGUAAAUUGUUUUGAGUAAACGAUUCUUAUUGUGUAAUUAUAUAACAUGGUCACAGUGAAUACAAUAAUUUCUACAGAACCUAAUACCUCAUUACCUCAGUUUUCAAAUAAUUAUCGUUACAAUGAGAAUGGAAUUUACUCCUGCGACACAUACGUAGACGAUAACCCGUACAAAGGAACAAAAGAUAGGAACACGAUAUCGGCUAUACAAAUUGUUAUAUUUCUAUUAUUUGUAUGCGGUAUUUGUUUUGCGAUUGUAAUGUACUGCAAGGUGUGCGUCAGUAUUUGCAGGGGAUCUCGCGACAGUUGUACACACCAUAGCGUGUGUCAAAACGAAAACAUAAACUCCGAUUCGUUGCAAUGCUAUGCGAUUUACGAUGAAUCGAGGGACAGACCGCCGCCGUAUAACGAAGCAUGUAACGCACCACCUUUUUACGAAUCGCCUACCAACAGAGCAUUAAUGCUCGAAGCACCGCCAGCAUAUCCAGAUACCCCGAAACCAACAGAUAGAGUAACGCACCAAACUAAUCCGGCCUUUCCAAUAGUGCAUCAUCUUUAACGAAACAUCUGGUAUCGAUGACUGCGUGAAUUUGUAGAUUAUUUGUAACCGAGAAAUAAAUAUAAGUUUAAGAUUACUUUUUAACGUAACUGAAGGUAAUUUUAA